AUGACUGAUGAUAGAACAACGACUGAUGAUAACAAUGAUGGUUCAAGCGACUUUAUGGGAAGAACCAAACUUUUAGGAACUUUUUCUGGUAUCGGGAAUAAUUGCAAUAACAUGAUUGGUGCGGGGAUAUUUUCAAGCCCCGGUCUGGUUCUAAGUGAAAUUCAGUCCCCCGGGAUCGCACUAAUCUUAUGGUUCGUGGGUGGAAUUGCCGCCUUGUUUGGAUCGCUUUCUUAUACCGAAUUGGGCAGUUCUAUAUUAGAGGGAGGCGGCGAAAUUGUGUAUUUGGAACGAGCAUACCCUCGUCCACAAGCACUAUUUAGUUAUAUGUUUAGUUUUGCCAUGAUUGUGGCAAUACGACCCGCUUCAAUGUGUGCUAUUGCGAAUGUCUUCGCGCAAUAUUUCCUGUAUCUAUUGAAGGCGGAGGAACGGUGUGACAUCGAUUAUCUGCAUCCAAAGGAAUACAUUGUUGAUUGGCAGUUUUGCCACGGUGGUUAUAAUAACAAUUUACCACAUUAUAUCCAACAAAUGGGCAAAUCGAAUAAAUCAAACUCUCACAAUAAUAAAGAUUUUGAUCCUGUUAGUGAUGAAAACACAAAUUGGAAACAUAUGUUUCCCAAUGAUAUGAAUAUUAGUGGCCGCUCUUUGACUGCUGCACUUAUUCCUAUUUUAUUUGCAUACAGCGGAUGGGGGAAUCUUAAUUAUACUUUAGAUGAAUUCGUCGACCCGAAGAAAAAAUUAUUUAUGUCAAAUAGUAUCAGUGUCGGUAUUGUUACUUUUUUGUACUUGUGUGCAAAUAUUGCAUACACGAACGUGCCAUUAUCAAAAAUAACUGGCAAUACUGAACCUUCAGAAAUCAUUGCUGGCCGUUUCGCUUUCCAAGUCGGUGGCUUUAAUUUAGCUCGUGCAUUAUCCUUUUUCAUCUGUCUAUCAGCUUUUGGAGCACUGGCCGCGAACGUAUGGGCCGGAUCGCGAGUAAUUGUAGCCGCUGCCAAAAGAAAUUAUAUUCCUUUCUCGUCAUGGUUACAAAAAUGGAAUGGACAUACAGAUACUCCGAUUUUUGCGUUGCUAACGCAAGCAGUCUGGAGUUCAUUGAUUAUCAUCUUUUACCCACAUAAUGAUCCAUUUAAAUUUUUUAUUAACGUGGGUGGGCAUUGCAUGUGGAUAUUUCUAUUUCUGAGCGCUUCGGGAUUAUUGUUUCUGCGCUAUUCUGAACCCGAGCUAGCGCGUCCAUUCAAAGUGUUUAUCUUAAUACCAAUAAUAUUUAUUAUGUUUUCGCUAUUUAUUAUAAUUGGGUCUUUCGUAGACGAUUCAACACUAAAGAAACAACAAUUAGAACAACCCGAAACAAUCAACGACAGACCAUGUAAAAGUGCCAAAUAUGCAAAAUUUAACUACCACCUUCCUUACAUUGUCAGUUUGGCUGUAGUAGGGGUUAGUGCAAUUUGCUGGUACUUUUUAUACGAGUUAGAUUUGCGAGUUAACUUCGAAUUAAGAAGAACAUCACGUCCACAUGGUAAUGAUGAGAAAUGGUCAGUUGGGAAGGUUAUACCAAUGGAAGUCACUGGGACAAAUGACACUUUUGAGUCUGGUCAAUAG